AUGGAGCCGGGCGCGCGAGCGCUGCUGCAUGCUAAUCAGCCCUCCCUCCGCCUGCCUGCCGCGCUCCCUCCUUCCCCCCGGCCUCCCUCCUCCGCGCUCCCUCCUCCCGCCUGCGGCGCUCCCUCCUUUCCAGCGGGCCCGCCGCCGCCGCCACCACCCGCUUCCUGCUCCCUCGCUUUCCCGCGCGUCCUUCCCGCCGCUGGCAAGUGGAACUCAGCCACCGCUAUCGCGUCCUUCGCGGGUCGGGAGCCCCCGCGCAGCCCGCCGCGGGCAUCCUCCGCUGGGCCCGGCCGUAAGCGCGCCGCAGGCCAGAGCCACCCGGCGCUCGUGCGUCCUGCGCCGAGGGCCGCCCUGCGCCCAACGCCCACCCCUGGGCGCCUCUUGGGGGUGGGGCGAGGGCCCACGCUCUUGCUUCCAGCCCUUGGAGAAGAGGCCAAGGAGCCUGCAUUUUCGUGCCCACUUGCUUUCUGCUGGUGGAUUGAACGAGUUGGGCAGCGAGUGAGAACCCAAGCGAAUUCACGAAGGGCGAGGGACAGGAGGGACAGACAGGAGUGGGAAGAGAGUGAAGACCAGAAAGGCAAGAAGGCCCCUGGGGAGACUGCAGACCCGAUGCCGGCCCUAGGACGGCUGCCACCCCACAGGCCUCUCGCGGCCCGCAGGCCGCUCCAGGGCAACGGAGCAGCGGGUGGGCUCAUCCCCCAGCAAAGGCUCCCUCUUUGCGCCCCACAGACACCCCCAGAGCCUUCCUCGCCCCACCAAGCCAGAAUAGAGUACACGACUUAA